GAAAUGUAACUCAAUCCCUUUAGGCGUCAGGUGUUUAUUUUAUUCGAUGGCGUCGUUUCGUUUUUGUCGAUCGUAAUGGAGUCUCUUUUGCAAAACAUCAAGCGGCAAGUUACUUGCUCUAUUUGUCUGGAUACCUACACUGAACCUAAAAUUAUAUCGUGUUUCCACACGUUCUGCUGCGAGUGUUUGGAGAAACAUGCAAGAGUGAGCCAGAAAGAAGGAAAAUUUCGAUGCCCCGAGUGUCAGGCAGCGAUCGAUUUACCAGAAGGAAAUCGCUUCGACCGUUUGCCCAACAGCUUUUUCCACAAAAGUUUGUUGAGUCUUCUUGCCGUUCGACAAAGUGGUGAUGCAAGUAGCAUUACUUGCUCUCAGUGCCGGAAAACCAACCCUCAGAUGUACUAUUGCUUCGAUUGCGGAAGAUUCAUGUGCCUUGAUUGUUUCAAUGCGCAUCAAUUGCUGAGUGCAACAUUUGAAGGACACAAAGUCACGCCAGUUAAAGACUUUAAAGUAGAAGAUUACGAAGCAGUGCUAAAGCGACAGCCGUUUUGUUCACAAGAGUUCCACGAGAGAGAAGUCACACGAUUUUUUUGCUUGGAGUGUCAAGUUUGCAUUUGCCAAAUUUGCACAGUAACGGAUCAUCAAAACCACGAAGUUGUUCUGCUCGAGAAAGCGGCUCUCGAAGAAAAGGAUAAGAUCAUGUGUGGUGCUAAAUUGAUCAGGAACAAGGAAAGUGAGCUUUGUGAAGUCAUCAAGCAGUUUGAGGAAACAAUUUCGAAGCUGGAAAGCAACGUUGCAACAGCUAAGCGAGAGGUCUCGCGAGUAGCCGAAGAAGUUAUCGCGGAGAUUAGAGAGCGCGAGCGAGAAGCAAUUGACUCCCUCGAGGCAACACGCGUGUCAAUACUUGAGCGGAUCAACUCGGCUAAACAGGAGGUGGAAUCUCUGGUAAAACAAAUGAACCAAGCUGCUACGUAUGCAGAAAAUCUGGUUCAGAAUAGCUCGAGCUCAGAUGUUAUGCAGAUCAAGGAAACUUUGGAGCAGAAAUUUGAAGAGCUUCGUGGAGCUGAAGUUCCUGGACAUCAUCAAACGACAUUCGUUAAAUUUUGUGAGGCACCUCGUUUGGUGGAUUGGAAACUGGGUGUUAUUGAGGUCACUCCGACAGCAGAUGCAGAACGAUCAAGACUUGAAGGACUGGAUCAAAGUUUUCAGGCUGGUGUAGAAGCGGAGUUGACGUUAUACGCUAAAACAUCCGAAGGGGAACCGAUAAGACGGGAUGAUCUCAAAGAUGAAGUUGAAUUUCUCAUAGAACCCGUGAAAGAUGUUACAAAUGUGUUUGUUAACAAGAGAGAAAACGGCUGCCUUCAGUUGAAGUUUACACCCAAAUUACCCGGUUCCUAUAGCAUUGAAGUGAAGAUUAAUGGUGAUAAACUUCCGACCUGCCCAUAUACAUUAAAUGUGAAAGAACGAGAACUUGUUAUCGUUGGAGAAUUGAACUUGAAGCUCUUUCCAGGAGACACGCUUCUCUCUCUGAUUGGAAUUGCUGUUAAUAAGAAAGGUGAGAUAGCUUUGGUAGAUGAUGAAGGCCACUUUGUUUAUGUAUUUGAUAAAGAUGGAAACUGUGUGAGAAAAAUUGGGAGCCAAGGGGAAGAACAGGGACAAUUUGAGCAACCAAAAGGCGUGUCGUAUUUAAAUGAUAAAGAGAUUCUUGUAGCAGACUUUGGAAAUGAUAGAAUACAACACAUCGAUAUCCAGACAGGGACUGUCCUGAAAAGCUUUGGACAAUUGGGUUCAGGAAAAGGAGAGUUAAAUGGUCCAUAUGAUGUUUGUUUGGAUGAUGAAGAGCGCAUUGUUGUAACAGAGUGUGGCAAUCAUAGGAUACAAGUGAUUUCGAAGGAGGGAGAGUCUAUUUUUACAUUCGGAGACAGAGGCCCAGAGAAACUCAGCUAUCCAAUCAGCUGCAUUCCUUACAAAAACAUGUUUCUUGUAUGUGACGGAGGCAAUCACUGCAUAAAAGCUUUUGAUCAGUCAGGAACAUUCUUGUACAAAUUUGGCAAAGAAGGGAAUCGAGAUGGAGAAUUGUAUGAGCCGCAUCAUCUGCUCGUAGACAGCUCCGAUAAUCUUCUUGUAUGUGACCCUCAAAAUAAUCGCGUACAGCAGUUUUCUCUAGAAGGUCGCUUCACAGGCAAAAGUAUCACUGUUCUAUGCCCUCGUGAAAUUGUAGCAGCACCAGAUGGACGUAUUCUUGCAGCAAAUUGGACGAAUAGUAAAGUAUUCAUUUUGAAGUAG